UAAACGUUAACAAAAUGACAUUACUUCAGAUAGACCAACACUGCAAGAAAAGAUGUUAUCAGCAACGAACAUGGACACUGGUUAGUAUUAUUUCAAUGAAGUUGACAUGAAUCAAUAAAAAGGCGAAAAUUAAUUCACUCUUUCUCGGAUAGUGUUACUUGUGAGACUGUUUUUCGUCAAAUAUGUGUCUUGGUUGCGGCUCCACGAUAGAGGAUAUUUAAACCACAUCAUAAAGAUAUUUAUUACACGCCGUAUACCGGUAGGUAGUUGAGGAAAUAUUUCAUGGUUUUAUUGGUCAUUGAGAGUCAAUGACCCAGAGGCGCGGUACGGUUAGUUACCCGGGAUAGGUGGAGAAGACGGGUGAAAAUAAUACAAAAUGUCGUACAAACUCCAGUCUUUUGACGCUAUCAGUGAUCCAAACUCUUUAGCAACAAGCCAAGAUGGCCUUUAUACCACAUCCAACUCUUCCAGAAAAUCUGGAUGUUAUGUAUCCGCAAAAACAGGAUUCAUUCUCACGUUCCUUGCCAUGGCAACGGCGGCCAUGGUGGGGGUUAUAGUGACUUUUGCAGUACCAAGAACGAACGACCAAAAUGACUGUAACUGUGGGGCUACCCAGGCCCCCGUGAUGGGGAAUCCGGAUUGCACCACCCCCGGUAUCCCCACCACACAGACUCCCCAAUCUACAACCACGUGUCCAGCAUGUCCUGAUUGUACCGUGCCAACAACACACUCUCCGGAAAUGAGCACAAAGACGACCAUGGAAUUGACAACACACUCUCCGGAUAUGACGUCAGUGACAACACCAGAAAUAACACCAUCUCCUGAAAUGGCAAAAAACUACCGCUUACCAACCUCACUUCUUCCGAUUCACUACAAUGUUGUAUUACGUCCUGAUUUGUAUAACAAAAAUCCCGCCGAUUUUUCUACACCAGGUCGUGUGAAAAUCUGGAUUAACUGCACGGAAGAAACGGGGAAUAUCACACUCCAUAUCAACAAAAUGACGUUUGACAACUCUACUGUGAAAGUUAAUGAUAUGAAUGGAAACCUAGUUACUGUUUCCAUGGUAACUGAAAAUAAGGAACUACACUUCUUAAUUGUGCACGUGACUCCAAAUUUGAUGGCGGGACAAAUAUACACAUUUGAAAUGAGCUUCACAGCAGAACUAACAGACGACUUGUCUGGACUUUAUUACAGUCAGUUUGACCGUAAUGGCACCACCAAGUAUCUAGCUAUUACGCAAUUCCAAGCAACACACGCCAGAGAAUCUUUUCCCUGUUUUGACGAACCAGCCCUGAAAGCAACAUUCAACAUCACGCUGGAACGGCGGAAUGAUACACCAGAAUAUCGGGACUACAUCUCCCUCUCCAACAUGCCUCUGAUAGAUUCCUACUCCACGGAUGACGGUUUCAUUGCAGACGUCUUUGCAGAGACUGUUGUCAUGCCUACCUAUCUUCUGGCCUUUGCCGUCUGUGAUUUUAAGUAUCUGCCGAAUGUUACUGCAAACUGGACGAUGAAUACCUAUGCAUCAAACGAAGAAUACAACAAAACGGAAUUUGCACUUGAGGUCGGCGUCGAUAUUUUACGGGGAUUUGAAGACUUCUUUGAAAUUCCAUUUGUGCUUCCAAAAUUAGAUAUGAUCGCCAUUCCUGACUUUGGAGCAGGUGCUAUGGAGAACUGGGGGUUAAUUACUUACAGAACACAGUACAUGUUAUACGACCCUAACGUCACUACGGCUGGUACUCAAAGAUUUGUCGCUGUCAUUGUGGCACACGAAUUAGCACAUAUGUGGUUUGGAAAUCUGAUUUCGCCUCAGUGGUGGGAUGACCUCUGGCUAAAUGAAGGGUUCGCAUCCUUCUUCGAGUAUAUUGGAGUCAACUUCACCAGGCCGGAGUGGAAUAUUAUGGACGCCUUUGCGAUAGAAAACAUGCACCCUGCCUUUGGAGUGGACAGUUACCCCUCGUCACGACCCAUAUUUGCCACCAAUGUGAAUAGCCCUGAUGACAUAGACCGACUGUUUGAUACCAUUACAUACCAAAAGGGAGCCUCCGUUAUAAGAAUGAUGUGGAAUUUUCUUGGACCCGAGACCUUACGUAAAGGAUUAUCUACAUACAUCAAAAGAAAGGAAUACGGAAAUGUUAGACAUCAGGAAUUAUGGCAAGCCCUGAAAGAGCAAGCAAGUUUGGAAAGUAAAUCCAUUGACGUACAAGACAUAAUGGAUACCUGGAUCCUACAACAGAAUUAUCCUGUGGUCAAAGUCACUUUUAACAACAAUCAGAUCCGGGCUGAACAGUCGCGUUACGUCAUCGGUAACGCUUCAGAUGGGGCACCCUCGCCAUACAAUUUCAGAUGGACUAUUCCCUUCACAUUCACAUCGAGCAGUAAUAUUUUAUAUGAAGACAACGAUAUUCACUGGAUUUACCGAAAUCAGAGUGCUGCAAGUUUUGACUGGACUAACACAAUUAACACUGCUAAUGGUGAUUGGGUGCUUGCAAACGUACAACAAUAUGGCUACUAUCGUGUAAACUAUGAUGAAAGCAACUGGAGGGCUUUGAUAAGACAGUUAAAUAAUAACUAUACGAGAAUACAUCCUAGCAACAGAGCGCAGAUCAUCACAGACCUUAUGGCUCUUGUCAGUUUGGAUGCACUGAACAUAACUUUGGCUCUGAGUUCCCUAGAUUACCUAGACCAGGAAACAGAGUACGUGCCGUGGUACGCUGCUCUGGGCGAGAUCGGCUACAUCAGAAACAUGCUUCUCACCAAACCCAUCUUUGGAAAGUUUGAGGUUUAUAUGAGAUCUAAACUGGAGACGAUUUUUGGCAAGAUUGGAUUCAACGGCAAUGUAGACGAAACGAUGAAUGACAGGUUACUAAGGUCUUACAUAGUUGGCGGUGCUUGUUAUUACUACAACCAAAAUUGUACGAACCAGGCUGUUAGAUUAUUUAACAAUUGGUUGGACGACGAAACACAAUUAAUCCCACCUGACGUUAAAUCUCGCGUGAUGUGUACCGGGAUCCGAGAAUCUCGUUCUGACACCUGGGACAGACUGUUUGCACGAAUGGCAUCUCAGACGCCUUCCGACCAAGCCAUCAUAAUCAGUGCAUUGGGUUGCUCUAGGGAACAUUGGGUGCUAGAACGGUAUAUGUCUUAUGCCUUUGACGAUACUAAGAUCCGCCGACAAGAUGCACGAAAUGCUGUUUUGGCUGUUAUAUACAACCCCCUUGGAAGAGAUCUUGCCUGGAAUUAUCUGCAAAGGAACUGGAAUCACAUAACUGCAGUAUACAGAAUGAGUGGAGGAAAUAUCAACAGAAUUUUAAGAGGUCUGGCUUCUCGGUUAACCACUCAGUAUCAGAGGGAUGAGCUUGCCAGUUUGAGAGGAUCUUUAGAAGUAGACAGUCCAUAUAUUACAUUCUUUGACAAUGCACUUCAAGAUGUUGAUCUUAACGUCAACUGGGUAGACAAACACUACAGCGAACUGGAGGCCUGGUUAUCAUAAAUUAAAGAAGCUAGCAAUGGGAAUAUUCAAUUAAAAUAUUUUUUUUUAAUUUUAUCAAUAUACAAUCCCAUUGUUGAAAGCAUUUGUCAAAUAAAGAUGUGUUCCCUGAAAGAGAAUUUCAGGAAUUGUCUUCUCACAGAAAUUUGUUAUAAAUAAUUGCAAAGUCUGUAUUUUUUGUAAAUCCAAGAUUUUUUUAUCUUAAUGUUUUCUCAAACUUGUUUAUGUGUACGUUUUUUCCUUAUGUUUUCAUGAUUACUUAAAAAUAACUUCAUGUAUGGAAAGUAUCCAGAUACACAGAAAUAUGUUAAUUUUAUAGCAAU